CUAGGGAAGCUAUGAUAACGGGAGGGUAGAUUUGCGAGAGAUCAAUGUCAUGUGGUUAAAGAGACAAACUGCUUUGCUUUGGCAUUUGGCAUUUGGCAUUUGGCAUUUGGAAAACCUAAAUGCCUCAUGGGCUGAGAUUGAAGAGGCUGCAAAGGAAGCUUUUCAUCAGAACGGAGAGGCUUGCAAUGGCUUCCAACACAGGUUGUUGCGAGUGAUUUUUGAACAAUUGAGUUCAGUGAAUUGAGAUGGGUUCGAUAGAACCUAUUUGCUGGAUUACAUCGAACCCAAAUUUGCUGGGUUUCGUCGAACUUCUGAUGGGCAAAGAAGCAAUUGUUAGUGGUGAUGUGGGACUCAUUUGGAUGGAUUUGGUGUGUUUUCGCCAGUUUGGUGAAAGUGGGGUCCCGCCAUCUGGGGGUCAAAUAGAGAGGAUUGCAAUGGCAUGGGCCAUACGGAAGAAAUCAAGGGUGAUGCUUUUAGAUGAAGUAAGGCCCACCGUUUUCCCCACCAGAAGUGAAGCCAAAAGGAUUGCUGUCGUCAAAAAUGGAGAUGGUGCUUUAAUUGAGUAUGGUAGCCAUGAAACCCUCUUGGCUUCCUAUGUUAACAAUGUCUAUGUCAGCUUGGUCCACGCCGAGAUAGAAGCCAAUGCUUUUUCUUGAAGAUUCACCUUUUUUCCUUGUUGCCCUUUGAAGGUAUCGCCUAUUAAAUGAACCUUAUUUUA